AUGGCCUCGGUGCUGCAGCUCUCGGCCUGUGUCAGUGUCAGUGUGGACUUCCUCGGGGGCCCCCUGGGCGCCACGGCCCAAGGUGGCAGUGCGAUCGAGCAAAGUUGUGGCACGGACUUUCUUGGCGGCCCCAUCUGGACGGUGAUGCAAGCGCAUGCAUUUCCUAGUGCCAGUGUGGAUCAUGUGCAGCCUGUGCAGCAAUCCCUUCCGUGCCUUCCGGUGUGUGUGCAGUUUGGGCUUCCUGCCCUCCAGCGCUGCUUUGCAUUCCUGCAAGGUGUCCGUGUGGGUGAGGCAAAGCACCCGGGUGAUGGAUGCCAUCCCCCUUUCCCCUCUUGGGUUCUAGGUCCUCCGCGCCGCCGGGCCCCUGCAGGCGAGCCGAUGCUUAGUGUGUGCCAUGACUGGAAGAGGGGAUGCCGCCUGGGCGAGGCUUCUCACCCUGGGCCUGGCUUCAACCUUGACCUUGGUAACCUUGGGGAUAGCCUUGGCGAUAGCAUCAUGAAGUCGAUCAAGGAGCAAAUCCAAAAGGCAGUUGACGAGGCGGUAAAGCAGGCCCUGGCGUCGCUCAAUCUCGGCCGGGGCGUGGCUGCUGCCCGGCCGUCCGGCGAUCCAGCCAUGCAGCUCGAGCCAAAGGGAAGGCGCAAGAGGAAGCGUAAGGCCAAGCAGGCCACGAGCCACCCAGGUGGCAAGCCCGACGCUUCGGGCAGUGAGUGUGCAGGUGGCCGCCAGAGCGCAGCCAAAGGCAAGGGCAAACCUGCAGAAAAAUCCGGCCCAGCCAAGGUGGCCCAGCGCGGUGGCCCAGGUGACUCAGGUCAACGCCGGGGCAAGGGCAAAGGCGGUUGUGGUGAGGCAGGCGGGCAGGAAGCCGGUGAUGGCUGGAGGGUCAUCCAACGCAGGGCCCCGGAAGGCGCCUUCAAGCUCCGAAAAUCUGAUUGGGACGCUCCGGUCGUUGAGUACGCUGCCCUCGCUGAGUUCAUUGACAAGGCUGAUGCCAGCAAGGUCCUCGAAAUUGUAGUUUUUGUUUCGGCCGACCAGGUCACGCUUGCUACGAACAUUCUGCGGGGGAGCGGGCUGAGUUUCAAGGCCCUGCUUGUUUUUCUCUCCAAGGAUGAGGAGGCUCAGCGCAUCCCGGGCACCAUUGGGGAUCGCCUGGUGUUUAGGACUGCCAAGGUCCAGAAGCUCACGUCUGCAGGUGCCAGUGGCCACGCUCCGCAGCCCACCGGCCUGAGCCAAACGUCCAUCAAGAUCCGACCCACUGAAAGUGCAGUUGUAUACUUUAAGGUGCCAAAGCAGUUCGCCUCAGCCGACACUUGGAAGGCUUUUGGGGGCAAUGCCUCCAAGGCCGCUGUAGACUGGGUCGCGGCCCACAGGAUCAAGGUGCUCGACACUUUUGCCUGGGUCCUGGAAAAGCAGCGCAACGACACUCAUGAGCAGUACUUCGGCAUUGUUCGCAUUCCGAAGGCAGACAUUGAGGGCAUCCUGGCCCACUCUGGCAAGGACGGUGUCUUCGUGGAUGCCGCUCGCACCUCAGGGCCCCGGGCGAAGCUCCAAUGGAUCGAGAAGCUUCCUGGCGAGAAGGUGGACGCCUACUUUGAACGUGCCCUGCGCCAGGCUCCCAGCCUGGGCUUGGUCGUCAAUGGGGGGCGAUUGGCGUGGCGAAGUGCCAUGGCGGACGGAGAAGCAACGGUGCGUAUCUGGCACAUGGAUGGUGUGCCCCACGAGUGGGAUGCGGAUGCCGUCGGCCAGCUCUUUGACACUGACCUGGUGCCGUUCGUCGUCGAGCAUAAGGAGAAGCCCUUGUCCCUGUGGGCAACGCUGGCACCUUUCCGUGUCGUCUCCAAGAAGCAGAAGCCUCUCGCCUCGAAGGCCGUCCCGGUCGUUGCUCUCGAGAAGCCUGUCGGUGCCACCACCGUCAAACCUCCCACGGGGGAGCUCGCCACGGGCGAGGACGGCAAGGAAGUGCCCCAGCAGAAGCGCGUCAAGCAGGAGGUGCGCACCAAGCCAGGUGACCUCCAGCUCAAGGCAUGCCCUCGUGACGGGGCCUGUGUACUGCAUGCCAUGAGCCUCGGCCUUCAGUGGCUCGGGGACUCUCGGCCCAAUCACCCGCGCAUGCUCCGUGCGCAAAUGGUCGAUCACAUGCGCCGGCAUGUCACCCAGUACGAGAAGGAAUGGGACGGCAAGGGGCCGGACGGCGAGCCGGUCAAGGACCGGGACUUCUCCGCAUACCUCACUCUCAUGGAGAAGGAGGGGGCGUACUGCUCGGAUGUCGAGCUGAGGGCCCUGGGCCGUGUGCUGGACAUCAAAAUCGUCGUGCUGCCGGCGGGCCUCAACUUCUCUCCUUACGCCUUUCAUGGCAAAGCUGCCAAGAUGCUGGUGUUGUGGUAUGAAGAUAACCAUGUGGAUCUUAUGCUCCCGCCCGAGGGUCACAAGAAGUAUCCAAGUGAGUAUGCCCAGAUCACAGCCGGCCCGCCCGGCAUCGGUUUGGACCACCUCGAUGCAGGCGAGCACCUCGGGGAGUGCCGCGGGGCGGCCCUCGAUCGCAGCCCAGCCCUCUUUGCAAGGUCCAAGGUAAAGGCAUCGCAUGGUUCUCAGACCAAGCCCAGGGACGAGCCACAGGUGAGGUCGUCACAGGCCACGGCCCAGGCAAGGUCCUCAGGCACCAAGCGCAAGGCGGUAGAGCCGUGCACUUCGUCCGUUUUCACCUGCACCUCUACGGGCACUAUUGAGGCCCUCGAUGAAUCCGAGUUUGAGCGAGCUUGUGUGCCCCCGAAGCGCUGCCCUUGGCUGGCCCACGCCACGGCACCGGCUGACCUCACUUUUCGGUGCAACUUGUGCCCUUACAAGCGCAAGGCCACGAGCAACCAGCAGUACUACCACACCCGCCACAACCACUACCAGCGUGCCCAUGAGGGGCAGGGCCUGCAGCCGGACAUUGGACGACCCAAGCUCACGCGGGUCUGCGGCCCAAGGGCUCGUUUCAUUUGGUGUUGCGAGACUCGGAAGGACCUUUCCCGGUUCUCCUACUAUGCCCUGCGCAACCAGCACCGUGCACAGGCCCACCCCGAGGUCUCCAAGGCUGAGUGGCAGCGUCUUGCGGCACUCCCGCAAACCGGGCCCAAGGAUCGCCAGGCACAUGCCAAAGGGUGCCGCCAGCGCAACCUCACCAAGGCCGUGUUCGCUCAAGUCAGGACCCCUCGCUUUGGAGACCAGAUGCAGCUUUUUGUGUGGCCUCGAGCCAGGUGUGAGAAACGCAGCACCCGGGUCCAGCAUGUCCUCCUUGAGCAUGGUUGGAAGUGCCUCCGGUGCGGUGAGUGCACCAGGGACCUGGCCGCCGCCAAGCAGCAUAGCGAGGGCCGGUGCAAGUCGCAGAGCAACACCCAGAAGCGGAUCCAGAAACUUGAUGCCAUCGAGGCGUGGGCCCGGCGUGCCGGAGGUGACCCCGACUUCUGCUCCCAGGUGCUCCGUGCUGCCGAGGCUGACAUCAACCCUUUGUCGGCCCAGGGUUUCGGUGAGCGCUGGCGUGUCCACGGCUACCGGGCUGUUCUUAGCGACAUUGAUGCUGCCAAGGGUGUGCAUAGGGUGGCCUUGGUCGCCUCCCUCCCCAUGCAUCGUGUGAACCUUAAGCUUCCUCCGCAUGUGGCUGUGCGAUGUGCUGCAGGUGCUUUUGAGAUGCAGGCUGCUGGCAGCAAGUGCAUCACUCUUGUGGUGGCCUUCUACGGCUUCCCUGGUCAGCCAGAUGCCACAGCCCAGGCCUUAGGUGAGGUUAGGCGUGCAGCUGCGACCUUUGGGGGCCCCUACAUCUUGCUCGGCGACUUCAAUGUUGACCAGUCUGAGCAGGCUGUGGUGCAGCUGUUGUGCGACGGCGAGCUCCGGUCUCUGGAUGAGGCGGACUGGACCCAAGCCGGCCCAACAAAUCCCACGCGCACCCGGCGCAUCGAUUUUGGCUUGGCCCAUUGGUCCAUCAUUGCGUCGGCUGUCAAGCAGUUCGAGCGCCCGAACCUCUCGGACCAUGGGUGCGUCUUCUACGAAACGCGGUGCCUGAGCCGUGCCGACAGCUUCUCCAUGCCUAAGUUUCGUGUGCUCCCUGCCACGGCCACUGAUGACAUCUUGUCUAACUUUGGUAGGGUCUGGGAUGCCGCACACUUUGAGAGUUCUAUUGCAGCUGGGUCUCUUGAUGAAGCCUGGGCCUUCUUGUCAGACGUGGCCGAGCGCACGCUGGGUGCCACUUCGCUCUUCGAUGGUCAUGAGUCCCAGUCCCUUCGUUCUUCUCGCAAGUUGCUUGGGCAAUUGCACCAACUGCGGCAACAGCCCCACUGUCAGAAGCUGUGGCGUGCGGUGGGCCGUCGGGCUGGGCUCCUGCGUGCCACUUUUCCCGACUUGCCCGUGAUACAUGCUGCCAACCUUGAAGGUGCCACCCAGGUGAUCUCUCAUUUGCAUGCCGAGCUUCAGCAGCAGGAGACGGAGGCCAGAGUGCACAGGUGGCGUCGCCGUGUUGAGGAGGACCCUUCUCGUGCCCUCGCUUGGGUCAAGCGCAAAGCUGACCAUCAGUUGGCCAUGGAGCAAUCUCCUCAGGCCCCUGCUGGUGUCCCUUCCUCUGUUCACCCUGCCUCUAUUGUCGAGGAGCAUGGCAAAGUGUGGCUGCAGCACUGGAAGCCGGAGUCCCCUGUCAACUUCGAUGCCGUGCAGCGCAUCCUUGACCGUGUCCCGGGCGGGCCGCAAUCGGACAUCGUGCUCCAGGUCGAGGCUGAGGCUCUGAUGCGGGCCACCAAGGCAAUGCGGGGGAAGGCGAUGGGACCCGACCGCCGACCGAUGGUCGGCGGAGCUUCUCCUCCGCCUUCCUGUGCAGCGGCGGCCACUUUGUGGAAUGCGGUGCUCUCCACGCAGUACGUCCCUCGACUCUGGCGCCGGGCACUGAUUGCCCUGGUGCCGAAGCGCCUGGAUGAGUACCGCCCGAUCGCAUUGUGCCCGGUCAUCUGGCGAGCUGGUGCCCACUGCAUCUCUCGCAAUUUGCUGCCGUGGAUGGACACGUGGCUGGGCCACCACACUUUGGGCGGUGCACCAUGUCGAGGCCCGGGCGACGCUCAUGCCCGACUUUUUCAUGCGUGGCAGAGCGGCUGCAAAGUCUUUUGCCAGCAGGAUCUAACGCGGUUCUUUGACUCACUUGAUGUCAAGGCGGUGGGUAUGGUGCUUCGGCACCUUGGUGCCCCUGUUGGCCUCGCUGAGCUCUUAGCCUCCUUCUACCAGGAUGCCUCGAAGCUUUUUCUGCACGAGGGCCGGUCCAGCAGUGCAUGGGGCAGCCCAGCGCGGGGCCUGGCGCAGGGAUGCCCUCUCUCUCCAAUGGCCGCGGUCGCGGUCGGCCAUAUCUGGGCCAUGUGGGUCCAGUCCUUUGCCAAGGGACGCACCGACUGCCUCAUCUUUAUAGACGACCGUGUGCUGUGGCCUUCCUGCACGUGUGUGGACCCCCUUGGGGCAAUGGAUGUGGCAUUGAGGGCUUCUGACUCCUUCGACCAAGCCUUCGGUUUCCAGUGCCGUGCCAGCAAGUGUGCUGUGGUGUGUCCACCCGACGUCGGGACUUUCGAUCAGUGGGCCAGUGCCAGGAGCUACCCACGCGUGACUACUUUAAAGGUGCUGGGCAUCACCCUCGACAUGCAGGAGGGUGCCCUGGGGCUCCUUAAGUUUAGCCCGCGUCUGCUCCUGCAUCGCCUUCGUUUCCUCAAGCUCCUGGGAGGGGAGGUGCCCCAGCUCCGUCGCAUCGUGCUGCAGCUGGUCCACUCGGCCAUGUUUUGGGCCGGUGGUGUCGCUUGCCCGGAUCGCGACUGCUUGCGCGAUGUCUGGCACUCCACCUGUGCUGUCCUGCAAAAGCACGCCACCUUCGAGUCACCAAAAGUCUUGCUGUGUGCCUCCUUUGGCUGGAUGUUGGACCCUGAAUGGGCGGCGGACUGGGCAUCCCUGCGGGCUGCCUGGCGGUUCAAGGCUCGGCCCCCGGCAUGGCUCGACACGGCUGGGCUUGAUGUUGCUUGUGGUGACUGGCGUCGCUUCCUCCCUGGUGCGGCGGCGGUUGUGCAGAGGUUAGGCUGGCAGGUCCACGGCAACGGCGCCACCCUGGCGCGAGUCGACGAUUCCGGUGCCCUUCGUCAGUGCCACCUUGGCUGGGAAUCCUUUGAUGUGGUCAAGCGCUGGCUGGUGGACCACUACAAGUGGCGGGGUGUGCACGCCUGUGGGCGGAUCCGAAAUUGCCGCCAUCGUGAUGAUGCGACUCUGGCCCGUGGCCUCAGCUUGGGGGCCCCACUCCGCAGUGCCCGGUUUGCGCUCGAAGGCCACCGACUCGCAGUUGCGGCUGAGCCUACCCGUGAAGUUCGCCUUGCAGCACUGGGCUCGGGCGGCUCCAUUUGGUACCACUGCAAACGGCUGGAGAUGAGCUCACCCGACACCACGGCGUGUGUUUGUGGCCUCGUGCAACCUAGCCGAGCGCACCUCACCUGGUGUUGCACCUCAACGACGGAAUUGCGGCAAGGUCUCGCACCUCCCUCCACCCGUGCUGGUGAACGGCUCUUUGCAGCCGAAAUCCCUGAGUACCCUGCAGCCCCUGCAGCUUCGGACUUUGAAAACACCCUUCAGAGCAUCGUGGCGCAUCUUCGCAACUUCGCUACUGUGGGCGAGCGUCUGCUCGUCGCGACCGAUGGCAGUGCUAAGUUUGACGUCGGUGGCUGCGCCGUGAUCUUCGAGAGCGGUGAUGGCACCUUCGUCUUCGGUGAUGCCUGUGAGGAUCAAUCGGCUUUUCGAUGUGAGCUCCUCACCUUGACGACCCUCUUCGAGGCGAUCUCUCGUGCGCAGUUGGCUCCAGGCUGUCAGGUUGGCAUUCUGGUGGAUUGUAGCUCUGCUCUUCAGGCUGUGGCCCAACCUGGGGCGUGCUCCAUGCCUCUUCUGGCCCACAAGGCUGCGAGGCUGCUGCGUGAUGUGCGUGCCAGUGGCUUGGACCUGAGGCUUUCAUGGACUCCUGCACAUGGCCGGCGGCCCACCUGGACUGCUCCCUGGGGUCUGACUGCCGCCCGCUGCAGGCACCUCAAUGACCGGGCCGACGCGGCCGCAAACAGCAUUCGCGAACAACGAGCUCACGGCUCGUGCAGGGUGAGCUGGCAUGCUGAGCUGCAUCGUGCCGCGAUCUGGGAGCGCGGGGCCAUCUUGGCUUCGGCUGGUGCUUCCAACGUGCUGGCGCAGAUGAUGGAUUUGGCGGCCAUGGAGGCCGCGACGUCGAGUACUCAGCUGAUCCUACCUGUCAGCUACAGAAAGUUCAGGGGAGUUGCGCCGCGCAACUAUGUUCUCAAAGCUAUGCUUGAGGGUGAGCAUGCUUCCAUCGAAGACUUUCUGGAAAGGCUCAAUGAGGAUGCAAGUGCAGUUGUGGGAUCGGCUGUGCUUGUGGAUGAGCUCUUUCAUGUACGUGAAGCCCUCGUUCUUCUCUGGACCGAGCAGCUGACAAAGCGGUGUGAUGGCGACCCACCUUGGGUGGAGCGCCUCCAGGCGAUGGGACAUUUCCCGAGCACUACCCUGUGGUUUGCUGACGGGGACUUUGGCCUUGCUCCGGCGGAGGCCUAUCGCGAUGCAAAUGUCCAGCCGCAGCGGGGCAGCCGGGAGCAAGUGGCAGCAGCGCUGCCGCUCUCUGGUGGGCGACCUGGCGCUGGGGUGGAAGCUGAGCUGGUGACGCGGCCGGCUGCUGACGAGAUUGAGGAGGAUGCGGAGCCGGCUGGGCUUCCCGAAGUGGAGGCGACCAACCAUGGCGAUGCUGCUCUUCCUUUGCAAAGUUUGCAGCCGGCGGACAAAGAGCCACCUAGCCCGGCCUCUCCCUGCCUCCUUGGUAACAUGUUUUCUAAGACCGGUGUGGACUUCCUCGGGGGCCCCCUGGGCGCCACGGCCCAAGGUGGCAGUGCGAUCGAGCAAAGCUGUGGCACGGACUUUCUUGGCGGCCCCAUCUGGACGGUGAUGCAAGCGCAUGCAUUUCCUAGUGCCAGUGUGGAUCAUGUGCAGCCUGUGCAGCAAUCCCUUCCGUGCCUUCCGGUGUGUGUGCAGUUUGGGCUUCCUGCCCUCCAGCGCUGCUUUGCAUUCCUGCAAGGUGUCCGUGUGGGUGAGGCAAAGCACCCGGGCCGCCGGGCCCCUGCAGGCGAGCCGAUGCUUAGUGUGUGCCAUGACUGGAAGAGGGGAUGCCGCCUGGGCGAGGCUUCUCACCCUGGGCCUGGCUUCAACCUUGACCUUGGUAACCUUGGGGAUAGCCUUGGCGAUAGCAUCAUGAAGUCGAUCAAGGAGCAGAUCCAAAAGGCAGUUGAUGAGGCAGUAAAGCAGGCCCUGGCGUCGCUCAAUCUCGGCCGGGGCGUGGCUGCUGCCCGGCCGUCCGGCGAUCCAGCCAUGCAGCUCGAGCCAAAGGGAAGGCGCAAGAGGAAGCGUAAGGCCAAGCAGGCCACGAGCCACCCAGGUGGCAGGCCCGACGCUUCGGGCAGUGAGUGUGCAGGUGGCCGCCAGAGCGCAGCCAAAGGCAAGGGCAAACCUGCAGAAAAACCAGGCCCAGCCAAGGUGGCCCAGCGCGGUGGCCCAGGUGACUCAGGUCAACGCCGGGGCAAGGGCAAAGGCGGUUGCGGUGAGGCAGGCGGGCAGGAAGCCGGUGAUGGCUGGAGGGUCAUCCAACGCAGGGCCCCGGAAGGCGCCUUCAAGCUCCGAAAAUCUGAUUGGGACGCUCCGGUCGUUGAGUACGCUGCCCUCGCUGAGUUCAUUGACAAGGCUGAUGCCAGCAAGGUCCUCGAAAUUGUAGUUUUUGUUUCGGCCGACCAGGUCACGCUUGCUACGAACAUUCUGCGGGGGAGCGGGCUGAGUUUCAAGGCCCUGCUUGUUUUUCUCUCCAAGGAUGAGGAGGCUCAGCGCAUCCCGGGCACCAUUGGGGAUCGCCUGGUGUUUAGGACUGCCAAGGUCCAGAAGCUCACGUCUGCAGGUGCCAGUGGCCACGCUCCGCAGCCCACCGGCCUGAGCCAAACGUCCAUCAAGAUCAGACCCACUGAAAGUGCAGUUGUAUACUUUAAGGUGCCAAAGCAGUUCGCCUCAGCCGACACUUGGAAGGCUUUCGGGGGCAAUGCCUCCAAGGCCGCUGUAGACUGGGUCGCGGCCCACAGGAUCAAGGUGCUCGACACUUUUGCCUGGGUCCUGGAAAAGCAGCGCAACGACACUCAUGAGCAGUACUUCGGCAUUGUUCGCAUUCCGAAGGCAGACAUUGAGGGCAUCCUGGCCCACUCUGGCAAGGACGGUGUCUUCGUGGAUGCCGCUCGCACCUCAGGGCCCCGGGCGAAGCUUCAAUGGAUCGAGAAGCUUCCUGGCGAGAAGGUGGACGCCUACUUUGAACGUGCCCUGCGCCAGGCUCCCAGCCUGGGCUUAGUCGUCAAUGGGGGGCGAUUGGCGUGGCGAAGUGCCAUGGCGGACGGAGAAGCAACGGUGCGCAUCUGGCACAUGGAUGGUGUGCCCCACGAGUGGGAUGCGGAUGCCGUCGGCCAGCUCUUGGCCACACGCUUCACUGAGUACACCAUUCUAUCGCAUCGGCGCACCCGCCUCGGAUCCUGCUUUCGCUUCCGUGGGCAACCUGGAACUGCAGACACUGACCUGGUGCCGUUCGUCGUCGAGCAUAAGGAGAAGCCCUUGUCCCUGUGGGCAACGCUGGCACCUUUCCGUGUCGUCUCCAAGAAGCAGAAGCCUCUCGCCUCGAAGGCCGUCCCGGUCGUUGCUCUCGAGAAGCCUGUCGGUGCCACCACCGUCAAACCUCCCACGGGGGAGCUCGCCACGGGCGAGGACGGCAAGGAAGUGCCCCAGCAGAAGCGUGUCAAGCAGGAGGUGCGCACCAAGCCAGGUGACCUCCAGCUCCAGGCAUGCCCUCGUGACGGGGCCUGUGUACUGCAUGCCAUGAGCCUCGGCCUUCAGUGGCUCGGGGACUCUCGGCCCAAUCACCCGCGCAUGCUCCGUGCGCAAAUGGUCGAUCACAUGCGCCGGCAUGUCACCCAGUACGAGAAGGAAUGGGACGGCAAGGGGCCGGACGGCGAGCCGGUCAAGGACCGGGAUUUCUCCGCAUACCUCACUCUCAUGGAGAAGGAGGGGGCGUACUGCUCGGAUGUCGAGCUGAGGGCCCUGGGCCGUGUGCUGGACAUCAAAAUCGUCGUGCUGCCGGCGGGCCUCAACUUCUCUCCUUACGCCUUUCAUGGCAAAGCUGCCAAGAUGCUGGUGUUGUGGUAUGAAGAUAACCAUGUGGAUCUUAUGCUCCCGCCCGAGGGUCACAAGAAGUAUCCAAGUGAGUAUGCCCAGAUCACAGCCGGACCCGUCUUUGGCCUGCGUGCUGGUGGCCGUGGGCCCCCAUCGGUCUUCACUGCCUCCUCUGCUGCCUGUGUUCGGUCCCGGCCUUCCUCUCAGUGGACUUCGGUCAUGAACGACGAAGGGGCAAAAUCCCAGGCCCGCCCGGCAUCGGUUUGGACCACCUCGAUGCAGGCGAGCACCUUGGGGAGUGCCGCGAGGCGGCCCUUGAUCGCAGCCCAGCCCUCUUUGCAAGGUAGGUCCAAGGUAAAGGCAUCGCAUGGUUCUCAGACCAAGCCCAGGGAUGAGCCACAGGUGAGGUCGUCACAGGCCACGGCCCAGGCAAGGUCCUCAGGCACCAAGCGCAAGGCGGUAGAGCCGGGCACUUCGUCCGUUUUCACCUGCACCUCUACGGGCACUAUUGAGGCCCUCGAUGAAUCCGAGUUUGAGCGAGCUCGUGUGCCCCCGAAGCGCUGCCCUUGGCUGGCCCACGCCACGGCACCGGCUGACCUCACUUUUCGGUGCAACUUGUGCCCUUACAAGCGCAAGGCCACGAGCAACCAGCAGUACUACCACAUCCGCCACAACCACUACCAGCGUGCCCAUGAGGGGCAGGGCCUGCAGCCGGAUAUCGGACGACCCAAGCUCACGCGGGUCUGCGGCCCAAGGGCUCGUUUCAUUUGGUGUUGCCCUCUGUGCAACAAGGGCAUCACGCAAGAGACUCGGAAGGACCUUUCCCGGUUCUCCUACUAUGCCCUGCGCAACCAGCACCGUGCACAGGCCCACCCCGAGGUCUCCAAGGCUGAGUGGCAGCGUCUUGCGGCACUCCCGCAAACCGGGCCCAAGGAUCGCCAGGCACAUGCCAAAGGGUGCCGCCAGCGCAACCUCACCAAGGCCGUGUUCGCUCAAGUCAGGACCCCUCGCUUUGGAGACCAGAUGCAGCUUUUUGUGUGGCCUCGAGCCAGGUGUGAGAAACGCAGCACCCGGGUCCAGCAUGUCCUCCUUGAGCAUGGUUGGAAGUGCCUCCGGUGCGGUGAGUGCACCAGGGACCUGGCCGCCGCCAAGCAGCAUAGCGAGGGCCGGUGCAAGUCGCAGAGCAACACCCAGAAGCGGAUCCAGAAACUUGAUGCCAUCGAGGCGUGGGCCCGGCGUGCCGGAGGUGAUCCCGACUUCUGCUCCCAGGUGCUCCGUGCUGCCGAGGCUGACAUCAACCCUUUGUCGGCCCAGGGUUUCGGUGAGCGCUGGCGUGUCCACGGCUACCGGGCUGUUCUUAGCGACAUUGAUGCGGCCAAGGGUGUGCAUAGGGUGGCCUUGGUCGCCUCCCUCCCCAUGCAUCGUGUGAACCUUAAGCUUCCUCCGCAUGUGGCUGUGCGAUGUGCUGCAGGGGCUUUUGAGAUGCAGGCUGCUGGCAGCAAGUGCAUCACUCUUGUGGUGGCCUUCUACGGCUUCCCUGGUCAGCCAGAUGCCACAGCCCAGGCCUUAGGUGAGGUUAGGCGUGCAGCUGCGACCUUUGGGGGCCCCUACAUCUUGCUCGGCGACUUCAAUGUUGACCAGUCUGAGCAGGCUGUGGUGCAGCUGUUGUGCGAUGGCGAGCUCCGGUCUCUGGACGAGGCGGACUGGACCCAAGCCGGCCCAACAAAUCCCACGCGCACCCGGCGCAUCGAUUUUGGCUUGGCCCAUUGGUCCAUCAUUGCGUCGGCUGUCAAGCAGUUCGAGCGCCCGAACCUCUCGGACCAUGGGUGCGUCUUCUACGAAACGCGGUGCCUGAGCCGUGCCGACAGCUUCUCCAUGCCUAAGUUUCGUGUGCUCCCUGCCACGGCCACUGAUGACAUCUUGUCUAACUUUGGUAGGGUCUGGGAUGCCGCACACUUUGAGAGUUCUAUUGCAGCUGGGUCUCUUGAUGAAGCCUGGGCCUUCUUGUCAGACGUGGCCGAGCGCACGCUGGGUGCCACUUCGCUCUUCGAUGCCUCCGGUGCCCGCAGGAGCGACCACUGGCUCCCUUGUGCCCGCCAUGAGUCACACCAUCGUGUCGGCCCCCAGGGUCAUGAGUCCCAGUCCCUUCGUUCUUCUCGCAAGUUGCUUGGGCAAUUGCACCAACUGCGGCAACAGCCCCACUGUCAGAAGCUGUGGCGUGCGGUGGGCCGUCGGGCUGGGCUCCUGCGUGCCACUUUUCCCGACUUGCCCGUGAUACAUGCUGCCAACCUUGAAGGUGCCACCCAGGUGAUCUCUCAUUUGCAUGCCGAGCUUCAGCAGCAGGAGACGGAGGCCAGAGUGCACAGGUGGCGUCGCCAUGUUGAGGAGGACCCUUCUCGUGCCCUCGCUUGGGUCAAGCGCAAAGCUGACCAUCAGUUGGCCAUGGAGCAAUCUCCUCAGGCCCCUGCUGGUGUCCCUUCCUCUGUUCACCCUGCCUCUGUUGUCGAGGAGCAUGGCAAAGUGUGGCUGCAGCACUGGAAGCCGGAGUCCCCUGUCAACUUCGAUGCCGUGCAGCGCAUCCUUGACCGUGUCCCGGGCGGGCCGCAAUCGGACAUCGUGCUCCAGGUCGAGGCUGAGGCUCUGAUGCGGGCCACCAAGGCAAUGCGGGGGAAGGCGAUGGGACCCGACCGAUGGUCGGCGGAGCUUCUCCUCCGCCUUCCUGUGCAGUGGCGGGAAGCGGCGGCCACUUUGUGGAAUGCGGUGCUCUCCACGCAGUACGUCCCUCGACUCUGGCGCCGGGCACUGAUUGCCCUGGUGCCGAAGCGCCUGGAUGAGUACCGCCCGAUCGCAUUGUGCCCGGUCAUCUGGCGAGCUGGUGCCCACUGCAUCUCUCGCAAUUUGCUGCCGUGGAUGGACACGUGGCUGGGCCACCACACCUUGGGCGGUGCACCAUGUCGAGGCCCGGGCGACGCUCAUGCCCGACUGUUUCAUGCGUGGCAGAGCGGCUGCAAAGUCUUUUGCCAGCAGGAUCUAACGCGGUUCUUUGACUCACUUGAUGUCAAGGCGGUGGGUAUGGUGCUUCGGCACCUUGGUGCCCCUGUUGGCCUCGCUGAGCUCUUAGCCUCCUUCUACCAGGAUGCCUCGAGGCUUUUUCUGCACGAGGGCCGGUCCAGCAGUGCAUGGGGCAGCCCAGCGCGGGGCCUGGCGCAGGGAUGCCCUCUCUCUCCAAUGGCCGCGGUCGCGGUCGGCCAUAUCUGGGCCAUGUGGGUCCAGUCCUUUGCCAAGGGACGCACCGACUGCCUCAUCUUUAUAGACGACCGUGUGCUGUGGCCUUCCUGCACGUGUGUGGACCCCCUUGGGGCAAUGGAUGUGGCAUUGAGGGCUUCUGACUCCUUCGACCAAGCCUUCGGUUUCCAGUGCCGUGCCAGCAAGUGUGCUGUGGUGUGUCCACCCGAUGUCGGGACUUUCGACCAGUGGGCCAGUGCCAGGAGCUACCCACGCGUGACUACUUUAAAGGUGCUGGGCAUCACCCUCGACAUGCAGGAGGGUGCCCUGGGGCUCCUUAAGUUUAGCCCGCGUCUGCUCCUGCAUCGCCUUCGUUUCCUCAAGCUCCUGGGAGGGGAGGUGCCCCAGCUCCGUCGCAUCGUGCUGCAGCUGGUCCACUCGGCCAUGUUUUGGGCCGGUGGUGUCGCUUGCCCGGAUCGCGACUGCUUGCGCGAUGUCUGGCACUCCACCUGUGCUGUCCUGCAAAAGCACGCCACCUUCGAGUCUCCAAAAGUCUUGCUGUGUGCCUCCUUUGGCUGGAUGUUGGACCCUGAAUGGGCGGCGGACUGGGCAUCCCUGCGGGCUGCCUGGCGGUUCAAGGCUCGGCCCCCGGCAUGGCUCGACACGGCUGGGCUUGAUGUUGCUUGUGGUGACUGGCGUCGCUUCCUCCCUGGUGCGGCGGCGGUUGUGCAGAGGUUAGGCUGGCAGGUCCACGGCAACGGCGCCACCCUGGCGCGAGUCGACGAUUCCGGUGCCCUUCGUCAGUGCCACCUUGGCUGGGAAUCCUUUGAUGUGGUCAAGCGCUGGCUGGUGGACCACUACAAGUGGCGGGGUGUGCACGCCUGUGGGCGGAUCCGAAAUUGCCGCCAUCGUGAUGAUGCGACUCUGGCCCGUGGCCUCAGCUUGGGGGCCCCGCUCCGCAGUGCCCGGUUUGCGCUCGAAGGCCACCGGCUCGCAGUUGCGGCUGAGCCUACCCGUGAAGUUCGCCUUGCAGCACUGGGCUCGGGCGGCUCCAUUUGGUACCACUGCAAACGGCUGGAGAUGAGCUCACCCGACACCACGGCGUGUGUUUGUGGCCUCUUGCAACCUAGCCGAGCGCACCUCACCUGGUGUUGCACCUCAACGACGGAAUUGCGGCAAGGUCUCGCACCUCCUUCCACCCGUGCUGGUGAACGGCUCUUUGCAGCCGAAAUCCCUGAGUACCCUGCAGCUCCUGCAGCUUCGGACUUUGAAAACACCCUUCAGAGCAUCGUGGCGCAUCUUCGCAACUUCGCUACUGUGGGCGAGCGUCUGCUCGUCGCGACCGAUGGCAGUGCUAAGUUUGACGUCGGUGGCUGCGCCGUGAUCUUCGAGAGCGGUGAUGGCACCUUCGUCUUCGGUGAUGCCUGUGAGGAUCAAUCGGCUUUUCGAUGUGAGCUCCUCACCUUGACGACCCUCUUCGAGGCGAUCUCUCGUGCGCAGUUGGCUCCAGGCUGUCAGGUUGGCAUUCUGGUGGAUUGUAGCUCUGCUCUUCAGGCUGUGGCCCAACCUGGGGCGUGCUCCAUGCCUCUUCUGGCCCACAAGGCUGCGAGGCUGCUGCGUGAUGUGCGUGCCAGUGGCUUGGACCUGAGGCUUUCAUGGACUCCUGCACAUGGCCGGCGGCCCACCUGGACUGCUCCCUGGGGUCUGACUGCCGCCCGCUGCAGGCACCUCAAUGACCGGGCCGAUGCGGCCGCAAACAGCAUUCGCGAACAACGAGCUCACGGCUCGUGCAGGGUGAGCUGGCAUGCUGAGCUGCAUCGUGCCGCGAUCUGGGAGCGCGGGGCCAUCUUGGCUUCGGCUGGUGCUUCCAACGUGCUGGCGCAGAUGAUGGAUUUGGCGGCCAUGGAGGCCGCGACGUCGAGUACUCAGCUGAUCCUACCUGUCAGCUACAGAAAGUUCAGGGGAGUUGCGCCGCGCAACUAUGUUCUCAAAGCUAUGCUUGAGGGUGAGCAUGCUUCCAUCGAAGACUUCCUGGAAAGGCUCAAUGAGGAUGCAAGUGCAGUUGUGGGUUCGGCUGUGCUUGUGGAUGAGUUCUUUCGUGAACGUGAAGCCCUCGUUCUUCUCUGGACCGAGCAGCUGACAAAGCGGUGUGAUGGCGACCCACCUUGGGUGGAGCGCCUCCAGGCGAUGGGACAUUUCCCGAGCACUACCCUGUGGUUUGCUGACGGGGACUUUGGCCUUGCUCCGGCGGAGGCCUAUCGCGAUGCAAAUGUCCAGCAGCAGCGGGGCAGCCGGGAGCAAGUGGCAGCUGGGCUGCCGCCUUCUGGUGGGCGACCUGGUGCUGGGGCGGACGAUGAGCUGGCGACGCGGCCGGCUGCUGGCGAGACUGAGGAGGAUGCGGGGCUGGCUGGGCUUUCCGAAGUGGAGGCGACCAACCAUGGCGACGCUGCUCUUCCUUUGCAGCCGGACAAAGAGCCACCUAGCCCGGCCUCUCCCUGCCUCCUUGGUAACAUGUCUUCUAAGACCGGCCCGUUCGGGGCCCCCUCCGAGAGUGUGGACUUCCUCGGGGGCCCCCUGGGCGCCACGGCCCAAGGUGGCAGUGCGAUCGAGCAGAGCUGUGGCACGGAUUUUCUUGGCGGCCCCAUCUGGACGGUGCCGCAAGCGCAUGCAUAUCCUAGUGUCCGUGUGGGUGAGGCAAAGCACCCGGGUGAUGGAUGCCAUUCCCCUUUCCCCUCUUGGGUUCUAGGUCCUCCGCGCCGCCGGGCCCCUGCAGGCGAGCCGAUGCUUUGUGUGUGCCAUGACUGGAAGCGGCGAUGCCGCCUGGGCGAGGCCUCUCACCCUGGGCCUGGCUUCAACCUUGACCUUGGCAACCUUGGGGAUAGCCUUGGCGAUAGCAUCAUGAAGUCGAUCAAGGAGCAAAUCCAGAAGGCAGUUGACGAGGCAGUAAAGCAGGCCCUGGCGUCGCUCAACCUCGGCCGGGGCUUGGCUGCUGCCCGGCCGUCCGGCGAUCCAGACGUGCAGCUCGAGCCAAAGAGCAGGCGCAAGAGGAAACGUAAGGCCAAGCAGGCCACGAGCCACCCAGGUGGCAAGCCCGACAUUCCGGGCAGCGAGCGUGCAGGUGGCCGCCAGAGCGCAGCCAAAGGCAAGGGCAAGCCUGAAGACAAGUCCGGCCCAGCCAAGGUGGCCCAGCGAGGUGGCCCAGGCGACUCAGGUCAACGCCGGGGCAAGGGCAAGGGCGGCUGUGGUGAGGCAGGCGGGCAGGAAGCCGGUGAUGGCUGGCAGAUCGUCCAUCGCAAGGCCCCGGAAGGCCCCUUCAAGCUUCGAAAAUCUGAUUGGGACGCUCCGGUCGUUGAGUAUGCUGCCCUCGCUGAGUUCAUUGACAAGGCUGAUGCCAGCAAGGUCCUCGAACUUGUAGUCUUUGUUUCGGCCGACCAGGUCACGCUUGCUACGAACAUUCUGCGUGGGAGCGGGCUGAACUUCAAGGCCUUGCUCGUUUUCCUCUCCAAGGAUGAGGACGCCCAGCGCAUCCCGGGCACCAUUGGGGAGCGCCUGGUGUUUAGGACUGCCAAGGUCCAGAAGCUCACGUCUGCAGGUGCCAGUGGCCAUGCUCCGCAGCCCACCGGCCUGAGCCAAACGUCCAUCAAGAUCAAACCCACUGAAAGUGCAGUCGUCUACUUUAAGGUGCCAAAGCAGUUCGCCUCAGCCGACACUUGGAAGGCUUUCGGGGGCAACGCCUCCAAGGCCGCUGUAGACUGGGUCGCGGCCCACAGGAUCAAGGUGCUCGACACUUUUGCCUGGGUCCUGGAAAAGCAGCGCAACGACACUCAUGAGCAGUACUUCGGCAUUGUUCGCAUUCCGAAGGCAGACAUUGAGGGCAUCCUGGCCCACUCUGGCAAGGACGGUGUCUUCGUGGAUGCCGCUCGCACUUCAGGGCCCCGGGCGAAGCUCCAAUGGAUCGAGAAGCUUCCCGGCGAGAAGGUGGACGCCUACUUUGAACGUGCCCUGCGCCAGGCUCCCAGCCUGGGCUUGGUCGUCAAUGGGGGGCGAUUGGCGUGGCGCAGUGCCAUGGCGGCCGGAGAAGCAACGGUGCGCAUCUGGCACAUCGAUGGUGUGCCCCACGAGUGGGAUGCGGAUGCCAUCGGCCAGCUUUUGGCCACACGCUUCACUGAGUACACCAUCCUGUCGCAUCGGCGCACCCGCCUUGGAUCCUGCUUUCGCUUCCGUGGGCAGCCUGGAACCGCAGACACGGACCUGGUGCCGUUCGUCGUCGAGCAUCAGGAGAAGCCCUUGUCCCUGUGGGCAACGCUGGCACCUUUCCGUGUCGUCUCCAAGAAGCAAAAGCCUCUCGCCUCGAAGGCCGUCCCGGUCGUUGCUCUCGAACAGCCUGUCGUUGCCACCACCGUCAAACCUCCCACGGGGGAGCUGGCUACGGGCGAGGACGGCAAGGAAGUGCCCCAGCAGAAGCGUGUCAAGCAGGAGGUUCGCACCAAGCCGGGUGACCUCCAGCUCAAGGCUUGCCCUCGUGACGGGGCCUGCGUGCUACAUGCCAUGAGCCUCGGCCUUCAGUGGCUCGGGGACUCUCGGCCCAAUCACCCGCGCAUGCUCCGUGCGCAGAUGGUCGAUCACAUGCGCCGGCAUGUCGCCCAGUACGAGAAGGAAUGGGACGGCAAAGGGCCGGACGGCCAGCCGGUCAAGGACCGGGAUUUCUCCGCCUACCUCACUCUUAUGGAGAAGGAGGGGGCCUACUGCUCGGAUGUCGAGCUGAGGGCCCUGGGCCGUGUGCUGGACAUCAAAAUCGUCGUGCUGCCGGCGGGCCUCAACUUUGCACCUUACGCCUUUCAUGGCAAAGCUGCCAAGAUGCUGGUGUUGUGGUACGAGGAUAACCACGUGGAUCUCAUGCUCCCGGCCGAGGGUCACAAGAAGUAUCCAAGUGAGUAUGCCCAGAUCACAGCUGGACCCGUCUUUGGCCUACGUGCUGGGGGCCGUGGGCCCCCAUCGGUCUUCACUGCCUCCUCUGCUGUCAGUGUGCGAUCCCAGCCUUCCUCUCAGUGGACAUCGGUCAUCGCCGGCGAAGGGGCAAAAUCCCAGGCUCGCCCGGCAUCCGUUUGGACCACCUCGAUGCCGGCGAGCGCCUCGGGGAGUGCGGCGGGCCGGCCCUCGAUUGCAGCCCAGCCCUCUUUGCAAGGUAGGCGGCCCAGGUCACAGGGUUCACAGGCAAGGUCUUCAGGCAGCAGGGUGCCGUCGCAGGCAAAGUUGCGGGUCCUUUCCCGGCCGUGCUCACUCAGUGCCAGGUGCAAGGCAAAGGCAUCGCAUGGCUCUCAGACCAAGCCCAGGGGCGAGCCACAGGCGAGGUCAUUACAGGCCACGGCCCAGGCAAGGUCCUCAGGCACCAAGCGCAAGGCGGUGGAGCUGUGCACCUCGUCCGUCUUCACCUGCACCUCCACUGGCACGAUCGAGGCCUUCGAUGCAUCCGAGUUUGUGCGAGCUCGGGCGCCCCCGAAGCGUUGCCCUUGGCUGGCCCACGCCACUGCACCGACUGAUCUCACUUUUCGGUGCAACUUGUGCCCUUACAAGCGCAAGGCCACAAGCAACCACCAGUACUACCACAUCCGCCACAACCACUACCAGCGUGCCCAUGAGGGGCAGGGCCUGCAGCCGGACAUCGGGCGACCCAAGCUCACGCGGGUCUGCGGCCCAAAGGCUCAGUUCAUCUGGUGUUGCCCUUUGUGCAACAAGGGCAUCACGCACGAGACUCGGAAGGACCUUUCUCGAUUCUCCUACUAUGCCCUGCGAAACCAGCAUCGUGCACAGGCCCACCCCGAGGUCUCCAAGGCUGAGUGGCAGCGUCUUGCGGCACUCCCGCAAACCGGGCCUAAGGAUCGCCAGUUGCAUGCCAAAGGGUGCCGCCACCGCAACCUCACCAAGGCCGUGUUCGCUCAAGUCAGGACCCCUCGCUUUGGGGACCAGAUGCAGCUCUUUGUGUGGCCUCGAGCCAGGUGUGAGAAACGCAGCACCCGGGUCCAGCAUGUCCUCCUUGAGCAUGGUUGGAAGUGCCUCCGGUGCGGUGAGUGCACCAGGGACCUGGCUGCCGCCAAGCAGCACAGCGAGGGCGUGGGCCCGGCGUGCCGGAGGCGACCCCGACUUCUGCUCCCAGGUGCUCCGUGCUGCCGCGGCUGCCAAGCUUGCCAUCUCCACGCGAAUCCCCUCCUCGCCGUUUUCAUCAAGCUUUUGAGCAUCAAUGCGAAUCGCACGGCCAUCUCCAAAGUGGACCUGUGUGCCGACUUCCUCCAGUCGUGUGGGGCUGAGCUCUUGUCUCUCCAGGAGGCUGACAUCAACCCUUUGUCGGCCCAGGGUUUUGGCGAGCGCUGGCGUGCCCACGGCUAUCGUGCUGUUCUUAGCGACAUUGAUGCUGCUAAGGGUGUGCAUAGGGUAGCCUUGGUUGCCUCCAUCCCCAUGCAUCGUGUGAACCUUCAACUUCCCCCGCAUGUGGCUGCGCGCUGUGCUGCAGGUGCUUUUGAGAUGCAGGCCGCAGGCAGCAAGCGCAUCACUCUUGUGGUGGCCUUCUACGGCUUCCCUGGUCAGCCAGAUGCCACAGCCCAGGCCUUAGGUGAGGUUAGGCGUGCAGCCGCGACCUUCGGCGGCCCCUACAUCUUGCUCGGCGACUUCAAUGUCGACCAGUCUGAGCAAGCUGUGGUGCAGCUGUUGUGCGAUGGCGAGCUCCGGUCUCUGGACGAGGCGGACUGGACCCAAGCCGGCCCAACAAAUCCCACGCGCACCCGGCGCAUCGACUUUGGCUUAGCCCAUUGGUCCAUCAUUGCGUCGGCUGUCAAGCAGUUCGACCGCCCAAACCUUUCGGACCAUGGGUGCGUCUUCUACGAAACGCGGUGCCUGAGCCGUGCCGACAGCUUCUCCAUGCCUAAGUUUCGUGAGCUCCCUACCACGGCCACUGAAGACAUCAUGUCUAACUUUGGUAGGGUCUGGGAUGCCGCACACUUUGAGAGUUCUAUUGCAGGUGGGGCUCUUGAUGAAGCCUGGGCCUUCUUGUCAGACGUGGCCGAGCGCACGCUGGGUGCCACUUCGCUCUUCGAUGCCUCCGGUGCCCGCAGGAGAGACCACUGGCUCCCUUGUGCCCGCCACGAGUCACACCAUCGUGUCGGCCCCCAGGGUCAUGAGUCCCACUCCCUCCGUUCAUCUCGCAAGUUGCUCGGGCAAUUGCACCAACUGCGGCAACAGCCCCACUGUCAGAAGCUGUGGCGUGCGGUGGGCCGCCGGGCUGGGCUCCUGCGUGCCACUUUUCCCGACUUGCCCGUGAUACAUGCUGCCAACCUUGCAGGUGCCACCCAGGUGAUCUCCCAUUUGCAUGCCGAGCUUCAGCAGCAGGAGACGGAGGCUAGAGUGCAUAGGUGGCGUCGCCGUGUUGAGGAGGAUCCUUCUCGUGCCCUUGCCUGGGUCAAGCGCAAAGCUGACCAUCAGCUGGCCAUGGAGCAGUCUCCUCAGGCCCCUGCUGGUGUCCCUUCCUCUGUUCACCCUGCCUCUAUUGUUGAGGAGCAUGGCAAAGUGUGGCUGCAGCACUGGAAGCCGGAGUCCCCUGUCGACUUCGAUGCCGUGCAGCGCAUCCUUGAUCGUGUCCCGGGCGGGCCGCAAUCGGACAUGGUGCUCCAGGUCGAGGCUGAGGCUCUGAUGCGGGCCGCGAAGGAAAUGCGGGGGAAAGCGAUGGGACCUGACCGAUGGUCGGCGGAGCUCCUCCUCCGCCUCCCCGUGCAGUGGUGGGAAGCGGCGGCCACUCUGUGGAAUGCGGUGCUCUCCACGCAGUACGUCCCUCGACUCUGGCGCCGGGCACUGAUUGCCCUGGUGCCGAAGCGCCUGGAUGAAUACCGCCCGAUUGCCUUGUGCCCUGUCAUCUGGAGAGCUGGUGCCCACUGCAUCUCUCGCAGUUUGCUGCCGUGGAUGGACACGUGGCUGGGCCACCACACUUUGGGCGGUGCACCAUGUCGAGGCCCGGGCGACGCUCAUGCCCGGCUCUUUCAUGCGUGGCAGAGCGGCUGCAAAGUCUUUUGCCAACAGGACCUCACGCGGUUCUUUGACUCUCUGGAUGUCAGGGCGGUGGGUAUGGUGCUCCGGCACCUCGGUGCUCCUGUUGGCCUCGCUGAGCUCUUAGCCUCUUUCUACCAGGAUGCCUCGAGGCUCUUUCUGCACGAGGGCCGGUCCAGCAGUGCAUGGGGCAGCCCGGCGUGGGGCCUGGCGCAGGGAUGCCCGCUCUCUCCGAUGGCCGCGGUUGCGGUAGGCCAUAUCUGGGCCAUGUGGGUCCAGUCCUUUGCCAAGGGACGAACCGACUGCCUCAUCUUUAUAGAUGACCGCGUGGUGUGGCCUUCCUGCACGUGUGUGGACCCUCUUGGGGCAAUGGAUGUGGCAUUGAGGGCUUCUGACUCCUUCGACCAAGCCUUUGGUUUCCAGUGCCGUGCCAGCAAGUGUGCUGUGGUGUGUCCACCCGAUAUCGGGACUUUUGAUCAGUGGGCCAGUGCUAGGAGCUACCCACGCGUGACUACUUUAAAGGUGCUGGGCAUCACUCUUGACAUGCAGGAGGGUGCCCUGGGGCUCCUUAAGUUCAGCCCGCGUUUGCUCCUGCAUCGCCUUCGUUUCCUUAAGCUUCUGGGAGGGGAGGUGCCCCAGCUCCGUCGCAUCGUGCUGCAGUUGGUCCACUCGGCCAUGUUUUGGGCCGGUGGUGUCGCUUGCCCGGCGCGGCCCCCGGCAUGGCUUGACACGGCUGGGCUCGAUGUUGCUUGUGGUGACUGGCGUCGCUUCCUCCCUGGUGCGGCGGCGGUCGUGCAGAGGUUAGGCUGGCAGGUCCAUGGCAACGGCGCCACCCUGGCGCGACUCGACGACUCCGGUACCCUCCGUCAGUGCCACCUUGGCUGGGAAUCCUUUGAUGUGGUCAAGCGCUGGCUUGUGGACCACUACAAGUGGCAGGGCGUGCAUUCGUGUGGGCGGAUCCGCAAUCGUGGCCACCGCGAUGAUGCCACGUUGGCCCGUGGUCUCAAUCUGGGGGCCCCUCUCCGCAGUGCCCGGUUUGCGCUCGAAGGCCACCGACUCGCAGUUGCGGCUGAGCCUACACGUGAAGUUCGUCUUGCUGCACUGGGCUCGGGCGGCUCCAUCUGGUACCACUGCAAACGGCUGGAAAUGAGCUCACCCGACACCACGGCGUGUGUUUGUGGCCUCCUGCAGCCCAGCCGAGCACAUCUCACCUGGUGUUGCUCCUCGUCGACGGGACUGCGGCAAGGCCUUGCGCCUCCUUCCACCCGUGCUGGUGAACGGCUCUUCGCGGCCGAAAUCCCUGAGUACCCUGCGGCUCCUGCAGCUUCAGACGUCGAAGCAACCAUCCAGAGCAUGGUGGCACAUCUUCGCGACUCCGCUGCUGUGGGCGAGCGUCUGCUCAUCGCCACUGAUGGCAGUGCCAAGUUUGAUGUUGGAGGUUGUGCUGUGAUCUUCGGAAGUGGCGAUGGCACCUUCGUCUUCGGUGAUGCUUGUGAGGACCAAUCGGCCUUCCGAUGUGAGCUCUUCACCUUGACGACCCUCUUCGAGGCGAUUUCUCGUGCACAGCUGGAUCCAAGGUGCCAGCUUGGCAUCUUAGUCGAUUGCAACUCUGCCCUUCAGGCUGUGGCUCAACCGGAGGCUUGCUCCAUGCCUCUUCUGGCUCGCAAGGCUGCCAGGCUACUGCGUGAUGCACGGGCUGGCGGCUUGGACCUGAGGCUCUCGUGGACACCCGCGCAUGGUCGGCGGCCCAACUGGACUGCUCCUUGGGGCCUGACUGCCGCUCGUUGCAGACACCUCAAUGAUCGGGCCGAUGCGGCGGCCAACAGCAUCCGCGAGCAACGGGCCCGUGGCUCGGCCAGGGUGAGCUGGCAUGCCGAGCUAAAUCGGGCCGCGACCUGGGAGAGGGGAGCCAUCUUGGCUUCCGCUGGCGCUGUGGGUGCUGAGCGGAAACGGAUGAUGGAUUUGGCGGCCAUGGAGGCCGCGACGUCGAGUACUCAGCUGAUCCUACCUGUCAGCUACAGAAAGUUCAGGGGAGUUGCGCCGCGCAACUAUGUUCUCAAAGCUAUGCUUGAGGGUGAGCAUGCUUCUAUCGAAGACUUCUUGGAAAGGCUCAAUGAGGAUGCCAGUGCAGUUGUGGGAUCGGCUGUGCUAGUGGAUGAGCUCUUUCGUGUACGUGAAGCCCUCGUUCUUCUCUGGACCGAGCAGCUGACAAAGCGGUGUGAUGGCGACCCACCUUGGGUGGAGCGCCUCCAGGCGAUGGGACAUUUCCCAAGCACUACCCUGUGGUUUGCUGACGGGGACUUUGGCCUUGCUCCGGCGGAGGCCUAUCGCGAUGCAAAUGUCCAGCAGCAGCGGGGCAGCCGGGAGCAAGUGGCAGCAGGGCUGCCGCUUUCUGGUGGGCGACCUGGUGCUGGUGCGGACGCUGAGCUGGUGACGCAGCCGGCUGCUGGCGAGAUUGAGGAGAAUGCGGAGCUGGCUGGGCCUUCCGAAGUGGAGGCGACCAACCAUGGCGACGCUGCUCUUCCUUUGCAGCCGGCGGACAAAGAGCCACCUAGCCCGGCCUCUCCCUGCCUCCUUGGUAACAUGUUUUCUAAGACCGGCCCGUUCGGGGCCCCCUCCGAGAGUGUGGACUUCCUCGGGGGCCCCCUGGGCGCCACGGCCCAAGGUGGCAGUGUGAUCGAGCAGAGCUGUGGCACGGAUUUUCUUGGCGGCCCCAUCUGGACGGUGCCCCAAGCGCAUGCAUAUCCUAGUGCCAGUGUGGAUCAUGUGCAGCCUGAGCAGCAAUCCCUUCAGUGCCUCCCGGUGUGUGUGCAAUUUGGGCUUCCUGCUCUCCAGCGCUGCUUUGCAUUCCUGCAAGGUGUCCGUGUGGGUGAGGCAAAGCACCCGGGCCGCCGGGCCCCUGCAGGUGAGCCGAUGCUUAGUGUGUGCCAUGACUGGAAGAGGGGAUGCCGCCUGGGCGAGGCCUCUCACCCUGGCCCUGGUUUCAACCUUGACCUUGGCAACCUUGGGGAUAGCCUUGGCGAUAGCAUCAUGAAGUCGAUCAAGGAGCAGAUCCAGAAGGCAGUUGACGAGGCAAUUAAGCAGGCCCUGGCGUCGCUUAAUCUCGGCCGGGGCUUGGCUGCUGCCCGGCCGUCCGGUGAUCCAGACGUGCAACUUGAGCCAAAGGGCAGGCGCAAGAGGAAACGUAAGGCCAAGCAGGCCACGAGCCACCCAGGUGGCAACCCCGACGCCUCGGGCGGCGAGUGUGCAGGUGGCCGCCAGAGCGCAGCCAAAGGCAAGGGCAAGCCUGGAGACAAGUCUGGCCCAGCCAAGGUGGCCCAGCGCGGUGGCCCAGGCGACUCAGGUCAACGCCGGGGCAAGGGCAAGGGCGGCUGCGGUGAGGCAGGCGGGCAGGAAGCCGGUGAUGGCUGGCAGAUCGUCCGGCGCAAGGCUCCGGAAGGCGCCUUCACGCUUCGAAAAUCUGAUUGGGACGCUCCGGUCGUCGAGUAUGCUGCCCUAGCUGAGUUCAUUGACAAGGCUGAUGCCAGCAAGGUCCUCGAACUUGUAGUCUUUGUUUCGGCCGACCAGGUCACGCUUGCUACGAACAUUCUGCGGGGGAGCGGGCGGAGCUUCAAGGCCCUGCUUGUUUUCCUAUCCAAGGAUGAGGAGGCCCAGCGCAUUCCGGGCACCAUUGGGGAUCGCCUGGUCUUCAGGACUGCUAAGGUCCAGAAGCUCACGUCUGCAGGUGCCAGUGGCCAUGCUCCGCAGCCCACCGGCCUGAGCCAAACGUCCAUCAAGAUCAAACCCACUGAAAGUGCAGUCGUCUACUUUAAGGUGCCAAAGCAGUUCGCUUCAGCUGACACUUGGAAGGCUUUCGGGGGCAACGCCUCCAAGGCCGCUGUAGACUGGGUCGCGGCCCAAAGGAUCAAGGUGCUCGACACUUUUGCCUGGGUCCUGGAAAAGCAGCGCAACGACACUCAUGAGCAGUACUUUGGCAUUGAUCGCAUUCCGAAGGCAGACAUUGAGGGCAUCCUGGCCCACUCUGGCAAGGACGGUGUCUUCGUGGAUGCCGCUCGCACCUCAGGGCCCCGGGCGAAGCUCCAAUGGAUCGAGAAGCUCCCCGGCGAGAAGGCGGACGCCUACUUUGAACGUGCCCUGCGCCAGGCUUCUAGCCUGGGUCUGGUCGUCAAUGGGGGGCGAUUGGCGUGGCGAAGUGCCAUGGCAGCUGGAGAAGCAACGGUGCGCAUCUGGCACAUCGAUGGUGUGCCCCACGAGUGGGAUGUGGAUGCCGUCGGCCAGCUCUUGGCCACACGCUUCACUGAGUACACCAUCCUGUCGCAUCGGCGCACUCGCCUCGGGUCCUGCUUUCGCUUCCGCGGGCAACCUGCAACCGCAGACACGGACCUGGUGCCGUUCGUCGUCGAGCAUCAGGAGAAGCCCUUGUCCUUGUGGGCAACGCUGGCACCUUUCCGUGUCGUCUCCAAGAAGCAGAAGCCUCUCGCCUCGAAGGCCGUCCCGGUCGUUGCUCUCGAGCAGCCCGUCGCUGCCACCAUCGUCAAACCUCCCACGGGGGAGCUGGCUACGGGCGAGGACGGCAAGGAAGUGCCCCAGCAGAAACGUGUCAAGCAGGAGGUGCGCACCAAGCCAGGUGACCUCCAGCUCAAGGCAUGCCCUCGUGACGGAGCCUGCGUGCUGCACGCACUAAGCCUCGGCCUUCAAUGGCUUGGUGACUCUCGGCCCAAUCACCCGCGCAUGCUCCGUGCGCAAAUGGUCGAACACAUGCGCCGGCACGCCACCCAGUACGAGAAGGAAUGGGACGGCAAAGGGCCGGACAGUGAGCCGGUCAAGGACCGGGACUUCCCGGCCUACCUCACUCUUAUGGAGAAGGAGGGGGCAUACUGCUCGGAUGUCGAGCUGAGGGCCCUGGGCCGUGUGCUGGACAUCAAAAUCGUCGUGCUGCCGGCGGGCCUCAACUUUGCUCCUUACGCCUUCCAUAGCAAAGCUGCCAAGAUGCUGGUGUUGUGGUACGAGGAUAACCACGUUGAUCUCAUGCUCCCGCCUGAGGGUCACAAGAAGUAUCCCAGUGAGUAUGCCCAGAUCACAGCUGGACCCGUCUUUGGGCUGCGUGCAGGUGGCCGUGGGCCCCCAUCGGUCUUCACUGCCUCCUCUGCUGUCUGUGUUCGAUCCCAGCCAUCCUCUCAGUGGACCUCGGUCAUGGAAGGCGAAGGGGCAAAAUCCCAGGCUCGCCCAGCAUCCGUCUGGACCACCUCGAUGCCGGCGAGCGCCUCGGGGAGCGCUGCGGGGCGGCCCUCAAUUGGAGCCCAGCCCUCUUUGCAAGGUAGGCGGCCCAGGUCACAGGUGUCACAGGCAAGGUCUUCAGGCAGCCGGGUGUCGUCGCAGGCAAAGGUGCAGGCCCUUUCCCGGCCGUGCCCACCCAGUGCCAGGUGCAAGGCAAAGGCAUUGCAUGGUCCCCAGACCAGGCCCAGGGGCGAGCCACAGGCGAGGUCAUCACAGGCCACGGCCCAGGCAAGGCCCUCAGGCACCAAGCGCAAGGCGGUUGAGCUGUGCACUUCGUCCGUCUUCACCUGCACCUCUGCUGGCACUAUCGAGGCCUUCGAUGAAUCCGAGUUUGAGCGAGCUCGUGUGCCCCCGAAGCGCUGCCCUUGGCUGGCCCAUGCCACGGCACCGGCUGACCUCACUUUUCGGUGCAACUUGUGCCCUUACAAGCGCAAGGCCACGAGCAACCACCAGUACUACCACAUCCGCCACAACCACUACCAGCGUGCCCAUGAGGGGCAGGGCCUGCAGCCGGACAUCGGGCGUCCCAAGCUCACGCGGGUCUGCGGCCCAAGGGCCCAGUUCAUCUGGUGUUGCCCUUUCUGCAACAAGGGCAUCACGCAUGAGACUCGGAAGGACCUUUCUCGAUUCUCCUACUAUGCCCUGCGCAACCAGCAUCGUGCACAGGCCCACCCCGAGGCCACCAAGGCUGAGUGGCAGCGUCUUGCGGCACUCCCGCAAACCGGGCCCAAGGAUCGCCAGGUGCAUGCCAAAGGGUGCCGCCAGCGCAACCUCACCAAGGCCGUUUUCGCUCAAGUCAGGACCCCUCGCUUUGGGGACCAGAUGCAGCUCUUUGUGUGGCCUCGAGCCAGGUGUGAGAAACGCAGCACCCGGGUCAAGCAUGUUCUCCUUGAGCAUGGUUGGAAGUGCCUCCGGUGCGGUGAGUGCACCAGGGACCUGGCUGCCGCCAAGCAGCAUAGCGAGGGCCGGUGCAAGUCGCAGAGCAACACCCAGAAGCGGAUCCAAAAACUUGAUGCCAUCGAGGCGUGGGCCCGGCGUGCCGGAGGUGACCCCGACUUCUGCUCCCAGGUGCUCCGUGCUGCCGAGGCUGACAUCAACCCUUUGUCGGCCCAGGGUUUUGGUGAGCGCUGGCGUGCCCAUGGCUAUCGGGCUGUUCUCAGCGACAUCGAUGCUGCCAAGGGUGCUUUUGAGAUGCAGGCUGCUGGCAGCAAGUGCAUCACCCUUGUGGUGGCCUUCUACGGUUUCCCUGGUCAGCCAGCUGCCACAGCCCAGGCCUUAGGUGAGGUUAGGCGUGCAGCUGCGACCUUCGGCGGCCCCUACAUCUUGCUCGGCGAUUUCAAUGUUGACCAGUCUGAGCAAGCUGUGGUGCAGCUGUUGUGCGAUGGCGAGCUCCGCUCUCUGGAUGAGGCGGACUGGACCCAAGCCGGCCCAACAAAUCCUACGCGCACCCGGCGCAUUGAUUUUGGCCUGGCCCAUUGGUCAAUCAUUGCGACGGCUGUCAAGCAGUUCGAACGCCCGCACCUUUCGGACCACGGGUGUGUCUUCUAUGAGACGCGGUGCCUGAGCCGUGCCGACAGCUUCUCCAUGCCUAAGUUUCGUGAGCUCCCUGCCACGGCCACUGAAGACAUCCUGUCUAACUUUGGUAGGGUCUGGGAUGCUGCACACUUUGCGAGUUCUAUUGCAGGCGGGGCUCUUGAUGAAGCCUGGGCCUUCUUGUCAGACGUGGCCGAGCGCACGCUGGGUGCCACUUCGCUCUUCGAUGCCUCCGGUGCCCGCAGGAGCGACCACUGGCUCCCUUGUGCCCGCCACGAGUCCCACCAUCGUGUCGGCCCCCAGGGUCAUGAGUCCCAGUCCCUCCGUUCAUCUCGCAAGUUGCUUGGGCAAUUGCACCAACUGCGGCAACAGCCCCACUGUCAGAAGCUGUGGCGUGCGGUGGGCCGCCGGGCUGGGCUCCUUCGUGCCACUUUCCCCGACCUCCCUGUGAUACAUGCUGCCAACCUUGCAGGUGCCACCCAGGUGAUCUCUCAUUUGCAUGCUGAGCUUCAGCAGCAGGAGACGGAGGCCAGAGUGCACAGGUGGCGUUGCCGUGUUGAGGAGGAUCCUUCUCGUGCCCUCGAACAUGGUAAAGUGUGGCUGCAGCACUGGAAGCCGGAGUCCCCUGUCAACUUCGAUGCCGUGCAACGCAUCCUUGACCGUGUCCCGGGCGGGCCGCAAUCGGACAUUGUGCUCCAGGUCGAAGCUGAGGCUCUGAUGCGGGCCACCAAGGCAAUGCGGGGGAAAGCGAUGGGCCCUGACCGAUGGUCAGCGGAGCUUCUGCUCCGCCUCCCAGUGCCGUGGUGGGAAGCGGCGGCCACUCUGUGGAAUGCGGUGCUCUCCACGAAGUACGUUCCUCGACUCUGGCGCCGGGCACUGAUUGCCCUGGUGCCGAAGCGCCUGGAUGAAUACCGACCGAUCGCCUUGUGCCCUGUCAUCUGGCGAGCUGGUGCCCACUGCAUCUCUCGCAAUGUGCUGCCGUGGAUGGACACAUGGCUGGGCCACCACACCUUGGGCGGUGCACCAUGUCGAGGCCCGGGCGACGCUCAUGCCCGGCUCUUUCAUGCGUGGCAGAGCGGCGGCAAAGUGUUUUGCCAAGCAGGAUGCCUCGAGGCUCUUUCUGCACGAGGGCCGGUCCAGCAGUGCAUGGGGCAGCCCGGCGCGGGGGACGCACCGACUGCCUCGAUCAUCUUCAUUGACGACCGGGUGCUGUGGCCUUCCUGCACGUGUGCGGACCCUCUUGGGGCCAUGGAUGUGGCAUUGAGGGCUUCUGACUCCUUUGACCAAGCCUUCGGCUUCCAGUGCCGUGCCAGCAAGUGUGCUGUGGUGUGUCCACCCGAUGUCGGGACUUUCGAUCAGUGGGCCAGUGCCAGGAGCUACCCACGCGUGACUACUUUGAAGGUGCUGGGCAUCACCCUCGACAUGCAGGAGGGUGCCCUGGGGCUCCUUAAGUUUAGCCCACGCUUGCUCCUGCAUCGCCUUCGCUUCCUCAAGCUCCUGGGAGGGGAGGUGCCCCAGCUCCGUCGCAUUGUGCUGCAACUGGUCCACUCGGCCAUGUUUUGGGCUGGUGGUGUCGCCUGCCCGGACCGCGACUGCUUGCGCGACGUCUGGCACUCCACUUGUGCGGUCCUGCAAAAGCACGCCACCUUCGAGUCUCCUAAAGUCUUGCUGUGUGCCUCCUUUGGCUGGAGUUUGGACCCUGAAUGGGCGGCGGACUGGGCAUCCCUGCGGGCUGCCUGGCGUUUCAAGGCUCGGCCCCCGGCCUGGCUCGACACGGCUGGGCUUGAUGUUGCUUGUGGUGACUGGCGUCGCUUCCUCCCUGGUGCGGCGGCGGUUGUGCAGAGGUUAGGCUGGCAGGUCCAAGGCAAUGGCGCCAUCCUGGCACGGCUCGACGAUUCGGGCACCCUCCGUCAAUGCCACCUUGGCUGGGAAUCCUUUGAUGUGGUCAAGCGCUGGCUUGUGGACCACUACAAGUGGCAGGGCGUGCAUUCGUGUGGGCGGAUCCGCAAUCGUGGCCACCGCGAUGAUGCAACGUUGGCCCGUGGUCUCAGCCUGGGGGCCCCGCUUCGCAGUGCUCGGUUUGCGCUUGAAGGUCACCGCCUUGCAGUCGCGGCUGAGCCUACACGUGAAGUUCGCCUUGCAGCACUGGGCUCGGGCGGCUCCAUCUGGUACCACUGCAAACGGCUGGAGAUGAGCUCACCCGACACCACGGCGUGUGUUUGUGGCCUCUUGCAGCCCAGCCGGGCGCAUCUCACCUGGUGUUGCGCCUCAACGACGGGAUUGCGGCAAGGUCUCGCACCUCCUUCCACCCGUGCUGGUGAACGGCUCUUUGCGGCCGAAAUCACUGAGUACCCUGCAGCUCCUGCAGCUUCGGACGUUGGAAACAUCCUUCAGAGCAUUGUGGCGCAUCUUCGCAACUUCGCUACUGUGGGCGAGCGUCUGCUCAUCGCGACCGAUGGCAGUGCUAAGUUUGAUGUCGGCGGCUGUGCCGUGAUCUUCGGAAGCGGCGACGGCACCUUCGUCUUCGGUGAUGCUUGUGAGGACCAGUCGGCCUUCCGAUGUGAGCUCCUCACCUUGACGACCCUCUUCGAAGCGAUCUCUCGUGCACAGUUGGCCCCAGGCUGUCAGGUCGGCAUCCUGGUGGAUUGCAGCUCUGCUCUUCAGGCUGUGGCCCAACCUGAGGCGUGCUCUAUGCCUCUCCUGGCUCACAAGGCUGCGAGGCUACUGCGUGAUGUGCGUGCCGGUGGCUUGGACCUGAAGCUUUCGUGGACUCCUGCACAUGGUCGGCGGCCCAACUGGACUGCUCCCUGGGGCCUAACGGCCGCCUGCUGCAGGGACCUUAACGAACGGGCCGAUGCGGCUGCCAACAGCAUUCGCGAGCACAGGGCUCGUGGAUCGGGCAGGGUGAGCUGGCAUGCAGAGCUUCAUCGUGCAGCACUUUGGGAGCGGGGGGCCAUCUUGGCUUCUGCUGGUGCCUCCAAUGUCCUGGCGCAGCACCUUCGUGUGAGGCGGCCGGCCCGUCUCAUUCAUGAUGAUCCGUGA